AUGAAUACAGAAAUUUCAAGAGCAGAACUAUUAUAAUGGGUUAAUGACACAUUGAAACUCUCCCUCCAAAAGAUUGAGCAACUGGGAACAGGAGCAGUCUAUUGCCAAUUAGUCGAUGCCGUUCACCCUGGAAAAGUUGCCCUUGGUAAGAUUAAUUGGAAGGCUAAACAAGAAUACGAGUUUGUUAAUAAUUUCAAAGUUCUCCAAGUAGCAUUCUCCAAACUCGGAAUCCAAAAACCUAUCGAAAUAGAAAAGUUAACGAAAUGCAAAUAUCAAGAUAAUCUGGAGUUUCUCUAAUGGUUAAAGAAAUACAUGGAUUAACAUGUUGUACCCAAAGACUACGACCCUUAAGCCAAAAGAGGAAAUGUAGAUCUAGAUGAUUAACCAGUUAUUAUACCAAAAAGAAAUCCAGAAAGAUCAAGAACUAGUGUAAGAAGAGACACCUUUGGCAGUCCCAAUCAGAUAUAAUCAACCAGCAUCCCAAAGACCAAUUCUUUUGCCCAUAUUGAACCAUAUCAAAAAAAGUAACCUUCCAUUUAGGAUCUACUUAUUCAAAUAGAAACUCUGAAAUAAGAAAGAGAAUUUUAUUUCUUAAAAUUCAAGGAGUUAGACAACUUUAUUGAAGGGGCUUCCCAAUUGACUUAGGAAUAAAUGUAAAGAGGAAUCAAGGAUAUCUUAUAUUGCACUGCUGAUAAGUCAGUAAUUGUGUUACCAAAUGGGGAACUAGAAGUUCAAGGAUUGCCUCCUUUAUCCGAAGAGCAAUCUUCAUCCUAAGAAGUUAUGCAAUAAGAAGUCGAUUUGUGA